AUGACAACCAUCCUCAUAACAGGCGCCAACACAGGCAUUGGCUUCCAGAUCGUGCGCGCUCUCAGCAGUUCAUCCCAGCCCUACCACAUCUUCGUCGGCGCCAGAUCAGCAGCAAAAGCGAACGAUGCAAUCAAAGCCGUUCAGGACGAAUUCCCCUCGUCAAGCAGCCAGUACUCCCCAGUGACCAUCGACAUCGAAUCAGACGAGUCGAUUCAGAGCGCCGUCGCCCAGGUCUCUGCCGCGCAUGGCAAGCUGGACGUGCUGAUUAACAACGCUGGCGCAUCAUUCGAACCGCAGCUCAGCAGCGGUGAAAUCACCGAGCGCGAGCUCUGGGAUAAAUCAUGGAGGGUUAACACCACCAGCACGCAGGUCAUGACAAGUGCCUUCAUCCCGUUACUGCUUAAAAGCAGCAACCCGCGUCUCCUCUUCAUAACCUCAGGGACAUCUACUCUCUCCGGUACAGUAAACCAAGCUCUGGCUGUGAACCACGCCCCGGCUGCGGGGUGGCCCAAGGGCGGCUUCAUUGGGGUUCCUGCGUACCGCAGCGCGAAGACGGGGCUUAAUAUGCUGAUGCGGGAAUGGCACCGUGUGCUCAAGGAAGAUGGGGUGAAGGUGUUUGCGAUCAGCCCUGGGUUUUUGGCGACGGGGUUGGGUGCUGGCGCGGAGGUUACGAAGAAGAUGGGGGCUGGCGAUCCGGUCGUUGCUGGGCCUUUUGUUAGGAGUGUUGUGGAGGGGGAGAGGGAUGGGGAUGUUGGGAGGGUUUUGACGAGGGAUGGGAUUCAGGAGUGGUAA